AAGCUCGUGGUUUGACUCUUCCUGAGCUCCUUUGCGUGUUACCUCUUACCUGACUUUGAGCGCACGUCAUUUCGGUAUCCAACUGGAAGGCGCCCUGACAUGCCUUGACCUUUCGGCAAGCUGUCAGUCUUAGAUCGCAUUCGCAACCCCGAAACCUCGACCUCGCGUACCAGUUCAUGACGUGCCUCCCUCGUACCUUCACCCUUGCCGCGCGGGCAAACAGACCACAAUGUUUUCCAACGCGCUGAAGUCGUUCCAAUCGAACAUCUCGGGCAACUACACCCUCAGCGCCCAGCCCACGUCUUACUCCGGACCAUGGAAGAUAUACGAUGCGAAGAAGAAGUCGACAGGCAAGGCGGCCUCCGUAUUUGUCUUCGAGAAGAAGUCGUUGGAGCCUUCUGGCGGUGCAAGCCUCGGUGGUCGCUCAGGCGCAUCGCAGCUGAAGCGCGCACACGAGGAGGUAGUGGAGAGACUGAAGAAGGAAGCUAGCUCGCUGGCACGGCUGCGACACCCCAGCGUUCUGGAGCUGGCCGAGCCAGUAGAAGAGACUCGCGGUGGAGGCCUGAUGUUUGCCACGGAGCCUGUGACAGCAUCCCUUGCUGGCUUGCUGCAAGAGAAGGACGAGCAAGAGAAGGCUGGAGGUGUGGGCGGUCGUCGAAGCCGCUAUGUCAUCGAAGAGUGUGAUGGACAGAAGCGCAGGCGAGAGCUGGAAAUCGACGAGCUGGAGAUACAGAAGGGAUUGCUGCAGAUUAGCAAAGGCCUGGAGUUCUUGCACGAGAGCGCUGGGUUGGUUCACGCCAACCUCACGCCGGAGGCUAUCUUCAUCAAUGCUAAAUCAGAUUGGAAGAUCUCAGGUCUGGGGUUCUCCACUCCUCCAGAGAACUCAACGAAGCCGACCUCCGUGACGCCCAUAUCCCUCUCCGAAGUCUUGAACUACGAUGCUCGACUACCUAGAUACGUUCAGCUCAACAUCGACUACAGUUCACCAGACUUCGUUAUGGACGGCAAUGUGACGCCAGCUGCAGACAUGUUCAGUCUCGGUCUCUUGAUCAUUGCACUCUACAACUCACCGCGUCGGAGUCCACUCGAGUUCAACGGAAGCACAUCUUCCUACAAGCGAGCAUUCUCGUCGUCUUCAUCGGUACCGCACAAGAACAACAACUUCAUGAGUUCGCAACCACUACCGCGAGACGUCAUAAACGGAGUGCUAGAUCGACUCAUCACACGGCGACCGGCACAGCGCUUAGACGCAAAGGAGUUCCAGCAAGCACAAUACUUUGACAACAUUCUUGUCUCGACAAUCCGGUUCCUCGACUCUCUACCAGCGAAGACACCGAAUGAGAAGUCGCAGUUCAUGCGUGGGCUGCCACGAAUACUCAAUCAGUUUCCAAAAUCCGUUUUGGAGAAAAAGAUACUCCCAGCAUUACUUGAGGAGAUGAAAGAUCGCGAGCUGUUAACUUUGAUUUUGCAAAAUGUCUUCAAGAUCAUUACCGUGCUACCAUUAGGCAAGCGGGCGUUUACCGAGAAAGUCAUACCAAAGCUGCGUGCAACGUUCUUGAGUGGCGCUGCUGCUACUGCACCAAACACCAAGGGUGUGGCCCAAGAGCGUGACAGCCUGAAGGAGGCCGGUCUAAUGGUUUUGCUAGAAAACAUUCAAGUCGCAGCAGACAACACAGGUGGAAAGGAGUUCAAGGAUGACAUCUUGCCCGUCAUAAAUUACGCCUUAGAGUCGCCGACGCACUCGUUGGUCGAUGCAGCGCUGCGUACGCUGCCUGUCGUCCUUCCGAUCCUCGACUUCUCCACGACCAAGAACGAGCUCUUCCCUGUUAUCGCGACAAUCUUUGCGAAGACCAGCAGUAUGGGUAUCAAGAUCCGUGGGCUGGAGGCAUUGAAGACCCUGUGCGGUGGUGGUGGUAACGAUGACCAGAAUGAGUACCCAGGCGAUGGUCUGACGGGUAUGGUGGAGGCUCCGAAAGCGAAAAGCUCCAGUGUUUCGAUCUUGGACAAGUACACGAUACAGGAGAAGGUUGUGCCGCUGCUUAGGGGCAUCAAGACUAAGGAGCCUGCUGUUAUGAUGGCUGCCCACGACGUCUUCAAAGCUAUAGCACCACAAGUCGACAGUGACUUCCUGGCUAUGGACGUCCUUCCGAUCUUGUGGCAGUUCAGCUUGGGGCCGCUGCUCAACCUUCCGCAAUUCCAAGCUUACAUGACAUUGAUUAAGUCUACUUCAGCACGCGUUGAGCAAGAGCAGACACGGAAGCUACAGGAGCUCGGUGCAAACAGCACAACUGCGACCUCGCGGAAUGAGUUCAUGAGCUUCGGUGGCCCACCCGCAUCGAACGGUUACGACUCGACGAACGGCGGUGAUGACACAAAUUUCGAGGCAUUGGUACGGGGUGGCAACCAAGGCACAACCGGAGGGUCAGACAUGCUUGGAGGCGAUCCAUGGGCCAAUGCUUCCGCAAGUGUCUCAGCAUCGUCCUCCACCACCCUACCCUCACGACCUGCCAAUCGGGCCAACAAUGUCUCGCCUGCCCCAGCAACCUUCUCAUGGUCCACACCACCUGUUUCUCCACCGCCACCAACGACCUUGUCUGCACCUCAAGGUAAUAGCAGAGCCAUCACGCCCGACAACACCUUCUCCUCCCUCAAUUCUUCCUUCCCAGCCAUGAACCCCACCAACCCAGGUAUUGGCAGCCCCACUUUCUCCCAACAACAGAGUAGGUCUGCGAUGGGUAUGAACAGCAUGAUGUCCCAACCAACAACGACACCUUCAUACACAGCACCUAGUUCCGGUAUCGACUGGAGCAAAGCAAACACCUCUUCCACAUCAGUAUGGGGCAACACGUCCACGAACAACGCUAUGUCAAGCGGCCUCUCAAACUUCUCAGCCAUAACCCCCUCGCAACCCCAACCUCAACGCCAGAACGACACCGCAAGUCCCUACUCGGCCUUUAGCAUCGCGCCGCCACCCUCGAAGCCAGCGACUUCUGGGACAUUUAGCAUAGCACCGCCGCCGAGCCUGAGUGCAAGCAAUAGGAGCGUGAGUGCAACUGGUGGGUUGAGCAUGAAUAGUAUGGGUGGUAUGAAGAGUGGGACUAUGAAUAGUAUGGCAGCGCUGAGGGCACAGACGCAGAGUCAGCAGGGUCAGCGACAGCAGAAUCAGACACAGACGAAUUGGGGAAUUGGGGGGGAUAGCUUGAUAUGAGAUGCCUUUUCAGCAUGGAUCAGAGAU